CAUGUGUGGUACGAUACAGCUCGGGACCAGCCACUCAGUGCACCAGCUGAUGAGGGUAAACAUGGCUGCGUCCGCACUAGGUCGGGUUUAUUCUCAUUUACUGAAGGCUUCUUUCCUCGCAUAUGGCAAAAAUGGACAGAGAAGUCUUUGUUUGUCUGCAGCAAGAUUCUCCUCAAUGUACAUGACAGAUCCCAUUGAUUUUAAGGAACCCACUUUUGACAAGAUUUUGAUCGCCAAUCGAGGAGAGAUUGCCUGUCGAGUGAUCAAAACAGCCAAGAAGAUGGGCAUCAAAACAGUCGCUAUUCAUUCUGACGUAGAUUCGAAUGCUCCUCAUGUUAAGUUAGCAGAUGAAGCAGUAUGUGUAGGUACAGCCCAAGCUCGUGAUUCUUAUCUACGAAUGGAUAGAAUAAUGGAAGCCAUCAAGGAGACUGGGACUCAGGCUGUCCACCCAGGAUAUGGCUUCCUCAGUGAAAAUGCAGAGUUUGUACAAAAGUUAGAAGAUGUUGGUGUUUCCUUUAUUGGUCCAAAUGCCAAUGCUAUCACUGGGAUGGGUGACAAGCUAGAAUCAAAGAGACUCGCUAUGGCAGCUGGUGUUAAUACUAUUCCAGGAUUUGACGGAAUUGUGAAGGACGCUGAAGAUUGUGUACAAAUUAGCAAUGACGUUGGAUACCCGGUGAUGAUCAAGGCCUCUGCUGGGGGCGGCGGCAAGGGGAUGAGGAUUGCCUGGAAUGAUAAUGAAGCAAGAGAGGGCUUUAAACUGUCCACACAAGAGGCUGCGUCAAGCUUUGGGGACGAUAGAAUACUGGUCGAGAAGUUUGUAGACAAUCCCAGGCACAUAGAAAUCCAAGUUUUAGGUGACAAGCACGGCAAUGCCAUUUACUUGAACGAGCGAGAGUGUUCCAUUCAGCGCCGCAAUCAAAAGGUGAUUGAAGAGGCCCCCAGUGUGUUCUUAGAUGAGGCUACAAGGAAAGCCAUGGGAGAACAAGCAGUUGCUCUUGCCAAGCAAAUUGGGUACUCAUCAGCUGGAACUGUUGAAUUCCUUGUGGACUCUAAGAAGAAUUUUUACUUUUUAGAGAUGAAUACUCGGCUUCAGGUGGAACAUCCAAUUACAGAGUGUAUCACUGGUGUUGAUCUUGUUCAUCAGAUGAUCCGGGUAGCUAAAGGACACCCUUUGAAAAUUUCCCAAAGUGACGUCCAGAUACGUGGGUGGGCCAUAGAGAGCAGAGUGUACGCUGAGGAUCCCUUCAAAAGCUUUGGCUUGCCAUCCAUCGGUCGUCUCUCCAAGUACCAAGAACCUCUGCAUUUACCAAAAGUGAGAUGUGACUCUGGUAUUGAAGAAGGAAGUGAAAUUAGCAUAUACUAUGAUCCCAUGAUCUGUAAACUGGUGUGUUAUGGAGAAAACAGAGAGGAAGCCAUUAGAAACAGCAUCAAGGCUCUAGAUGCUUAUGUUAUUAGAGGUGUCACCCACAAUAUACCACUGCUACGGGACAUUCUCACAGAAGACCGUUUUAAUGCUGGUAACCUUACAACCAAUUAUUUACCAGAAGUAUACCCAGAUGGUUUUAAGGGGAAGCAACUAACAGCAAAAGAGCAGGUAGACUUGGCAGCUUUACUUGCCUCCAUCCACAUAAAGGACGCGCUAAGAUCCCGCAACUUCAUAAAUGAUUCUCGAGUGAAAGGAACCAGCAAAGCACCGACCACAUGGAAGAUUGUGCUUAAAUUUGCUGACAAAGAAGUUCCUUGUUCAGUUGAAGUUGUUGAUGGGAAUUUCAAGGUUACUGCAGAUAAUGUUACUGUAACAGUAAAUGGCAGUUUUGACCUGGCAUCUCCACUUAUUGAAGCAAACAUUGAUGGAACUCAGGAAACUGUACAGCUUAUCAAACUUGGAUCUGCAGGAGAAAUCAGAAUUAGGUACAAGGGCACUGCAUUCCAAAGUCAGGUUCUGUCUGAAGCUGCCCAUCGCUACAUGUCCCUCAUACCUGAGAAGCCUAAGAUGGACCAAAGCAAACAAGUUUUGUCUCCAAUGCCAGGACUAGUGAAGUCCAUAGCAUGUGUGCCGGGUGAUAUGGUAGCGGAGGGGCAAGAAGUUUGUGUUAUUGAGGCAAUGAAGAUGCAGAACUCUCUCUCAGCAGCAGCAACUGGAAAAGUUAAAGCAGUUCAUGUGAAAGAAGGAGAAACAGUGGAAGAAGAACAGGUCUUAGUUGAGCUGGAGUAAACAGGUAUUUUAAAAGAGCACACAGUGACAAAAAAGUACAGUACAAUAGUUAUAAAUGAACAAGAAAAGGUGUUGGGAACAAAAGGAGGAGAAUCCAGUUGUAAUUUUGGAUUUAAGUGCAUUAAGCAGUAGAAAAUAAAAAAUUAACUUAUUUUGUGUAACAAAUCACCCAUUGAUUUAAAAACUGGAUUUAAGACUCACAGAGUCUUUUGUGAAGAGAUUUAAGGUAGUAGAAAGUUGGAAUUUAAGAGAGAGUUGAAUGUCAGUGUAAAUGCCAGUACUGAGGUUCUACAUUAUGGAAAUUGUACAUCAAAGGCUUGUGUGCUCCCAGAGGCCUCAGUAGAUUAUGGUAUGGUAUAAAGGGGUGGAACAAUAACACUUGCCAUUUAAUUAUAGUACAGGUAUUAUUAAUUACAGUAGACUGAAGUGAUGCUUAGAUGCAGGUGGAGGGAUAGAAAGUCAUAAUAUCUUUGUUAUUGAUUCUGUUUCCUUAAUUUUGGAUUGUGUCAAAUUAGGUGUAACUAACACACCCAACAACAGGUAUAAGCAAUACUCAUUCUGAAAUAAUGUAUGGCUUUUGUGGGUGUUGGCCGAGGGUUUUUCAGUAAAAAGUAAUGACUAGCCUUAUUGGGAGCAUAUUUUACUAAUAGUGUUACAUAAGGAGCCCUACAGGUAUUGUGAGUAAUGGUCAUAUCUAGAAUCUCUUGCUUGGAGAGAGAGAAAAAGUUGUUUGAUAUUAAAACUUAUGUUGUGGGAGGAUUAUUGCUGAGUACAGUAUCAUGUUAAAAGGUUCUGUAAUGUUGGAUUUUGGCUUUGACACACUGAGAUCUGAAUUUGACUGAACUGUAAUGCAGUUUGGAUGAGUAACAUUCUGGAAGAUACAGUAUAAGAAAAUAUAUGGAUUAAGUUGAAUGCACAUGAGAAUAUUAUUCAUUUGCAUAAAAAAGAUUGUUUAAAACAGAUUCCUGAGGUUCACUAGAAUAAGUCUGUAAAGCCCAUCCAACACUACUUGAAUACAGUACUGCAACCAGACAGGAAAGACAGUAGAUAGUAGAGGAAAAGAGGAAGACCAUAAGAUGAUAAGAAACAAGUGAGUAAUGCCAGACUGUUAAGUGCUUGAGAGAUGUUCAGUGUGCUUCUCUGUGCUGCAUCUUAUGAGUGAUAAAAACAGUACAAGUCCAUAGAGCAGCCAAGACAGGAACCAUAUAGUUAUCAUGGAUCAGUCCCAUUUUCCAAGGGUUUUAUGAUGGGGCUAUUGUUAGUCUCAUCAUUUAAAUGAAAUAGUAAUAUACAUUCUAGUGAUUGUACAAUUUAAUUUAUGCUUGUAGAUUAAUGGGAUGUUCAGAAAAUUGAUGAUUUAUUUUCUUAACAAAUACAAUAGGGUUAGUUAUGUUGUGGUAGUGGAUUUACCAUUAGUAAUUGUACAUAGAGAAAUUGUAACAUUGUCUUAUUAGGACCAAUAAUGAUAUCUCUGCCCCUGGUGUAAAGGUGGUACUGUACUGUAUCUCAGUGUUGAUGAAAUUUAUUCUUAAUUACCAUAGUAGAUAUCAAAGGUUAUUUUUUUUGUAAUGGGUGGUGAAUGUUUGAAGUGGUUUUUCUAUUACAGUAGUACAGUAUUAUAUGCCUUGAGAAAAACUGAUUACA